AUGGAAUGCGAGCUGCAGCCGCUUUUCGACGUAGAAGAAACUGGGGUGCAUGCGUAUCUGCUGACCAUAAACGACACUCUUCUUCUUGUCGACUGUGGCCUGGCUGCACCCUACGAGACAUAUCUCCGAGUGUAUGAUGACCACAUCGAUAACAUCAGCGCAAUACUCCUCACAUCGGCUGCCUUGGAACACGCAGGUGCCUGCCUGUAUAUUUUGAGCAGAAAGGAGAUCAAGACAUUUAUACCCACCAAUCUUGUUCCCGCGCUCCACGCUACUGUGUUGAAUGUUUUCUUCAAUUUAUGUCUUGAUAUGAAAGGUCAUCAGCCAGUUCUGGACUUCAUCCUCUUAGAUUACCUCAAGCUUGAGCGACUAUUCAAUUCUUCCUUCAUCCAAUCACCUGAGGAGAUAAACGUCAUCUCAGUGACGCAAUCUAUCUUGGGAAGUUACCACAGAAUCAAUGCAGAUGAAUACUUCUGGUCUCUCCAGCUGCCUCCUUCGACAAAUAAGAUCGUUUGCAUGCCGACAUGUCGCCAUAAGAGCUUAGACAUACUUCAGAAUAGAGGCGCAUAUCAAUCUUUGGAGCGUUCAGUCGCUCUGGAUCUUCCCUUAAGCAGCCGCUAUCUUAAAGGAGAGGUUUGCUUUUCAACCCCUUUGAAUGUUCCGAGGAGCAUCCUAAACUUUCCUCUGCUAGACUCACACGCUAUGCUUAAACUUCUAGAACGUGCCUUCACACCGUUAACAGAUUUCGGUUCGCAAUCUAUGCAAUCUAUACAGCGGUAUUCUAAGACUAUGUUCGUCUGCGAUGGUAUCACUGGCUUUACUAACGUCUUAGCAUUGCUUAGCACUGCACUAAAAACAUAUACACCUAAGCCGGUUGCUGAAUCUAACGAUCAACGAGCCGAUGCAGAAGAGCAGCGUCUCAGCUACAAGAUUUGUCUCUUGAUGGAUGAGCAAGUCUUUCUCUACUACGUAUCUUAUCUACGCACCAUUGGAAUGGAUGGUAUCAUCACCCCAGAAUUUUAUAUUACUUCGAGAGCACAGCAACUUGAUGUGCCCCUACCCUUUCCAUUAUUCAUACUGACUCCAGACCCCUACUUUCUGUCUGGUCCCGGAAGGCAGCUCUUAUUCUCUGGAGGCUUUGCAUCUAACCCCGCAAACAUUAUUGUGCUGACAUCUAUCCGUCCGUACUUACCAAAGAUUGCCAGAGGCUCUCCAGGCUACAAGCUCUUGUCCCUCAUUCUUCUUAAAAGCCAGGGGAAAUCGGUCGCUCAUCUAACCAAAAUUUCAACCCCGCAAUUAACAAUCAUGGAUAGAGAAGCUUAUCAAAAACAGCUCGCUGACUCAACUACUGAUCAAAGACCCCAAAAGUCUCAUCAGUCUGAUGCAGCAGAUGGAGCUGCUCUGUCCCCAGAGGCAAAGGAAAGAUAUGUCACAACUAACGUAAGCUUGAUUCUUGGCGUAGUAGUUUCAAAAUAUUUCAAUCCCGUGACUAAGACCUUAGAUCCUGUGAUAGAUUUGGAAUUCAGCCUCUCUCUACUGCGCACCAUCUUAGGAAUGUCCGAUACUCAUGUCUUUAUACCUCCCACAGAUGCCUACAAAGACAUUACGUUGGAGUCACCUCCCCAUAUCCGCUUUGACAUGACGUUCAUAUCUGUUCUCGUCCAUUAUCUCUCCAUAGGAUACGAUGCUAAUGGCUAUCGAAGUAAGAAUAUCAGACGCAGUCCAAUCGUCAAGGUUGGUGGCGUAGAGAUUCCGGCUCCAUCCUCUAUGGACCUGCGAGCAAGUGUACUUACCAAACAUAGCAUUGCGGUCCCCCCUAAUCUCUAUUUCGGCAUAGAAUCUCCUGCUGUAGAACAAGAAGGCUGCAUGCUCCCUUACCUUACAUUCCUGGCUGAUGCCAACGCCUUUGCAGCGCAAGCUACCCAGAUACCAUCUAGUGGCCCUAAGGCACCUGGAUCCAGUCCUGAUGCCUUAAAAGAUAUAGGGACCCAGAGCAUAGCGUUCCAACAACGACUAAAGGACUUGUUCAUACUCUUGAUAACAGCUUUCUUAAAGGAUGUAGCCAUAGUCUAUAACUCAGUGACAGAUGAGCUACAUCUAACAUAUCGGACACUAACAGAGACGGAUGAGGACCAGAACUUUGAGGGUAAGCAAGAUCAGUAUGGGUUGUUGUUUCUACAAAAUUAUGGAUCUGUGUGCCAAAAGUCACAGAAGGCAAUACUCUCGGUUAAAGAAGAACCAGAGAUUAAAGUCUCUAAGCCCAACAUACCCGUCUCCAAUACCCUCCAUUUAAAGGACGAUACACCACUUCCCAGUUCUAUCUCGACACGCUCUGGAACCAACCUACCAUUCCUUGACAUACCGCUUUCUCAUCUCAACAACAUCUGCAUGGCAAGGCAUCGUCAGGUUCAGGAGUUCACUGCAUCCAUUAAGACAAUCAUCGCCGAGAAGAAGGAGACAGCCACGAUCAACAAGUUAUCAGAUGCCAACUCCACUGAGAUGCACUGCGAAGAAACUAUGAAGUUGGAGAAGAGCGAGAAGGCAUACCGAAUACUGACGUCUACUACUCUAUCUGACUCAGUCGUAUGCGCGUGUGACCUUAUCUUUCUUCUCGAUGAGCCCAUUAUGCAGCUUCAGGACAUGGCAGACAUCCUACGCGGCAGAUUUAAAAAGUACAUUGUCACAACCUCCAAGAAGUCACAUCAGGUGCAUCUCUCAAGCGGACACUUUGCAGACUUUGGCAACAGCCUACUAUUUACAACUGGAGAAACCAUCGCUUUUUCGCUACAUGAUCAGGUUCCAAAGGUUAAGUUUCCCGUAUGUCGAAACCUCGUAUUUAACAAGAUUGAUCGCAAGAUGAGCAUCGCUCGAGGAUACUUUUCUGUUAAAAUUGAUGAUGAUAUCUCCUUAGAUGUGGAAUCGACACAUCCGUAUGACGACUCCGCAGAGCUGAUACUUCUGAACCGCUAUGACAAUAGCGACGAGCGCAGACAGGCCCUCCGAAAGGCGUUCAGCAACUCCAUACUACAAGUCGAGCAUGGCAAUAAACUGCUCAUAAAGCGGAACACUAUCGAAUUAAAUGACACUGGCCAGAUGAGCAUCAGUGGGAACGUAUCUACAGAGAUCUUGGACAUACUGGACUGUGUAGAAGAGUCUAAGAUAUACCUACCAUUCUAG